GCCGUCUAUACCCUCGAGGGCUGCGAGACCGCAGCGCAAGUCGCGGAAGAAGCCAAGAAUUCCGCCGUCCUCGCCCCGCUCGCCGUCGUCUUCUCCAUUGUCGGCUCCUGGCUCAUCGGCCUGGCGUACAUGCUGGCACUCCUGUUCUCCGUGCAGUCUAUCGCGUCCGUCCAGAGCACAUCGUACGCGAUCCCCAUCGCGCAGUUGUACUACGACGCGGUGGGGAAGAGGCUGACGCUGAUGUGCCUGGUGGUGAUAUGCGCGGCGCAGUUUAUGGCGGCGGUGACGGCGUUCACGGCGAGCUCGCGGUUGUUCUAUGCGCUUGCGAGGGAUAAUGCGAUGCCCAUGAGGGGGCGGUUUAUGGCGCUGAAUAGGAAUCAGGCGCCUUAUUUUGGCGUGUGGGUGUCGGUGCUGAUCGGGUGCAUCAUCUCUUGUGCGUAUAUAGGCUCCACCGUUGCGUUCAAUGCCAUUCUGUCAUCCGCGGCCGUAGCUGUUAUGCUGAGCUACCUCCAGCCCAUCCUCAUCCGCUGUUUCUGGCCCGCAUCGCUGUCCGAGCGAGGACCGUUCUCUCUCGGCCGGUAUUCCUGGGCGAUUAACGUCGCAAGCGCCCUAUUUACCGUGUUCAUCUGUGUCUUGUUCAUUCUGCCUACCUCCUAUCCGGUGAAUUCGAUCAACAUGAACUAUGCUGUCCUUGCGAUCGGGGCUGUGAUGCUCCUCGUGACAUUUGCGUGGGUGGCGUUCGGGAGGUACAGGUUUGUCGGGCCGGUGCGGACGGUGGAGGAGGAUGUGAAGGAGUGA